CCGUUCGUUACUCGUACAGGGUAAUAAUUCAGUUAUCCGUAUCCAAGGUCGCAAAUACGGGACAUCAAACAUUUGGAACGUUGUCGACAUCGUCCUGUAACAACGGUCGCAACACACCCAUCCAUCCCUCUCUCCUCAAGUUCGGUCCUUUAGGAAACAGAUGUCGACGACCACCUCAGCCACACGAAAACAACCAUACCAUCAUCACCAUGUCAUGCGACACAAGGCUCAGUCCAUUCCCACGCGGGAGCCGGCACUCAUCGAACAGGAGGUCGUAGACAAGUUGCUCGUGGACUGCGUCAAGACGAUAUGCGAGGGCGAGGCGUUGAAACAAAACAUAACAGAUCCUUAUAUCCAGUCGGUCGCGCUGGAGUCAUUAACCGCGGCCACUGAAGAAUUCAUACUCAAAGUACUUUCUAUGGUUCGUCGGUCAAUGCUAGCAGCACGUCGAACUGUUCCAAUUGCGACUGAUUUCGAGACCGCAAUCGAAGUACUUGAGAUCUCUAGACCCGACGACCAACUCAAGCCCUACGCAUCACAGCCACAGUGUAAUCCUCCUUUAUACCCGACUCCUCCCGAAGACUCCUUUCACAAUGUCAUCGAACUCCCUUCAUCAUUCCUUGGCCCCGAACUCGAUGGACAGGGCGAGCUGAAGAAGUUCACCUUCAACACCAAAGGCGUUCCCAAGCUGCCAUCGGCGCAUACCUUCCGAGACACACCUGUACUUCCUCAUCGGGAGGUUGAUACCAGGAAGAUCCGUGAAUUGGCGACACAAGAAGGAAAGCUGGGUGAACAGGCGCUCCGCAAGUUGGCUGGCGCAGUCAAGUUGGAUGCGACACAUUCGAUUGACCGGUCCUCGAGACCCAGGUUCACACUGGGCCCUCGCAAACGUGCGAAGAACACUGUUAAUAUAGCCGAGCCGGCGAUAUUCGAAGAAACGCUGCGUACCCUUCUUUCUAAAGAACGCGAAGGUUUCGAGCUGGGCCCCAUUGUAUCCAGCGAAAAAGCCUAUCGGAUGCCGGAUGAUGUUCAGGUCAAGAGGAAGCAAGCCGCAAACAGCACGACUGAUGCUGAACGGAAAGGCUCUUGAGUGAGGGAUUGUAGAAAGAAGAACAGGGCUUCACUGAGCUCGUGACUAGUCAUUACAUAGCGUCGGCGUUGAUGGAUUUGGAAAAGAGGAUUGGAGAUAUUGCAUAUGAUACCCCGGGGGACCCAGGCGAGGCUCAUUUUGGUGACCAGAAAUACGUAGCAUAUCUCGCGAUAGCGUUUGUAGUCGACUCAUCAUCGGCUUUGUUGCUCAUACCUGCUGUCGGUCGUGAAUUUGGGGGUUGUUUCCAUGCAUGUUCACCUUCCCACGCCGUUGUUUCGACGUGGAAUACUUUGCCGUUCUUUUCGCACCUGUACAGCAGUACCUAGUUAGAAGACUGUCGUAUUUGCGUGAAAUGUG